AUGACAGUCCAAACACUUGCAAUCGCCGUCAUUGCGGUGAUCUAUCUCAUUAUCCGUUACUUCAACCGAACGGAUAUCCCUAAAAUCAAGGGCCUCCCCGAGAUACCCGGUGUCCCCAUCUUUGGCAACUUACUACAACUGGGAGACCAGCAUGCGACAGUCGCUGGAAAAUGGGCCAAGAAAUUCGGCCCCGUGUUUCAAGUCCGCAUGGGAAACAAGCGAAUCGUCUUUGCCAACAGCUUCGACUCCGUUCGUCAACUAUGGAUUAAGGAUUCGUCGGCCUUGAUCUCCCGCCCAACAUUCCACACCUUCCAUAGCGUCGUCUCCAGCUCCCAAGGCUUCACGAUUGGCACCUCCCCUUGGGAUGAGUCCUGCAAGCAACGUCGCAAGGCCGCGGCCACCGCCCUUAACCGACCGGCAGUGCAAUCGUACAUGCCCAUCAUCGAUCUCGAAUCCAACUCCAGCAUCAAGGAACUCUAUCGGGAUAGCCAGAACGGUAAACUGGACGUGAAUCCCACGGCAUACUUCCAAAAAUUCGCGCUCAACACCAGUCUGACUCUCAACUAUGGUUUCCGUAUCGAGGGCAACGUGGAUGAUACACUGCUGCACGAGAUUGUGGACGUAGAGCGUGGAGUGUCAAACUUCCGCAGCACUUCCAACAACUGGCAGGAUUACAUUCCUCUGUUGCGCAUCUUCCCCAAAAUGAACAACGAGGCCGAAGACUUCCGCGGUCGCCGCGAUAAAUAUUUGACCUACCUGCUCGACAUGCUCAAAGAUCAGAUCGCAAAGGGAACCGAUAAGCCUUGUAUUACUGGAAAUAUCUUGAAAGAUCCCGAGGCCAAGCUGAAUGACGCCGAGGUAAAAUCGAUUUGUUUGACCAUGGUGUCCGCUGGUCUUGACACUGUUCCGGGUAACUUGAUCAUGGGAAUCGCCUAUCUAGCCUCUGAAGAUGGCCAGAGGAUUCAGCAGAAGGCCUAUGAUGCAAUCAUGGAGGUCUAUCCGAACGGUGAUGCUUGGGAGAGAUGCUUGGUGGAAGAAAAGGUCCCUUAUGUAACUGCACUGGUCAAGGAGAUCUUGCGGUUCUGGACAGUCAUUCCAAUCUGUCUGCCACGCGAAAGCACCAAGGAUAUCGAGUGGAAUGGAGCUACAAUCCCCGCUGGUACUACUUUCUUCAUGAAUGCCUGGGCUGCCGAUUAUGACGAAGAUCACUUCAAGGACGCUGAUAAGUUCAUUCCCGAGCGUUAUAUGGGACUCAAUGAGGGCUCGGGCACUCCACACUACGGAUAUGGAGCAGGAUCCCGCAUGUGUGCAGGCUCACACCUCGCUAAUCGCGAACUGUUCACGGCUUUUAUUCGUCUCAUCACUGCUUUCCGCAUGCACACAGCCAAGGAAGCUUCCGACCGGCCAAUUCUAAACGCAAUUGAUUGCAAUGCGAUUGCCACUGCGCUGACCACCGAACCCAAGCCAUUCAAGGUUGGAUUUAGCGCACGCGAUCCCAAGAAGCUUGAGCAAUGGAUUGCCGAGAGCGAUGAACGUACAAAGUAUCUAUGA